AUGAACAGUUCAGUAAUUUCUGAUACUUUGAUUUGCAGGUCACAAGAGUCCAGUCCACUGACACCAUGUGCCCUUUGGCCAGUGGACCUCAAGUUGACUCACUUGGACUGGAACGCUGAAGCGACCCUAAUACAUUUCCAGGGACAGUACCUCACCAUAUGUGAACUUGACUACAACAUCUUGCAGGGAGAAAUCCAAAACGUACCCAAGAAUAAAGCUGCUGUGAAGAUCGGAGAGUUUUGUCUUGUAGAAGAUUCGACUUUGGCCCGCUGGUUCAGAGGAAGAGUUCAAAACCAAAAGGACGACUUGUUUGACGUGUUUCUCAUAGACUGCGGUAACAUCUUGAGUGUGGAUGUUGCCCACAUGUCGUCCUGUUCGAGCGACCUGCUUAACCUGCCUCCAAAAAUAGUUUGUGGCUUUCUUGCCAACGUGCUGCUUCUUCAGAAUGUUUCUCACUCAGCAGUUGAGAAAUAUUUCUCAAGUCUGAUUGGCAAAAAUGUCACAGGUUUCAUUCAAGCCCUCCUUCCUCACAAAGUCCUCCUGUUAGAAGCCCCUGACAUCAACUGUGACCUGGUCCAGCAUGGCUUCGGGAGACCUGUGGACACAGAUACCUUCAUCUUCUUGGUCAGCAUGCUUACGGACGUGCCACUCAAGCAAAACAUCGAGCCCGUUCCUGACUUGCUUAUUGAAAAGCCAAUAGUCCAAGGGUUUUGUUUCAGAUCAUCCAGCUUGCAGGGAUACGCAGACGUUUUGUCUUUCUGUGGGCCUAGACUCACGUGUGAGACGCGGACUAAAGUCAGAGUAACUGCUGGUGUCAACCCUGGGCUGUUUUUCUGUCAGAUGGUCAGCGUGGAGGCAGAACUCCAGGAGAUGUCCAAAAGGUUGGCUGCGAUUUUUGAGCACAGAACCGACGAAUACAACCAGAAGACUCCAGAGAAUCUGGGUCUGCUGUGCGCAGUUAAAGGAAAAGAUGAGAAAUGGGUCAGAGGCUUUGUGCGGUUUCUACCAGUCAACUCUCAAGUAAGAGUUUUUUUGAUCGACUACGGGUUAUUUGAGUUGGUGAAAGUGGAGAAUGUUCACAGGUUGCCUCCUGAAUUUUACUCGGCACCAGUCAUGGCGCUCCCGUGCACGCUCCCCUCUGCGACCGGUCAGGAUGUGGCUCUGAAGGCUCAGCAAUUGAGUUUCCUGAAGGCAGGCUUGCUUGGAACCGUGUUGGAUGUGGAGAUCAGAGAUUUUGAUGUAGAACAGUAUUUGUACACCAUUACUGUGCUCGGUGCUGAAGAAACACACGUGGAAGAACCAGAGCCGGUCCAACACGGUCCCUUUGCGCCGGAUGUUAAAGAAACGUCAUCUCCGAGUGGCUUUUCAAACUUUAAGACGAUGUUGAGUGAGGCGUUCUACGAAACGUUACAAGCAGAGGAAGUGCAGGUCGGCUCGGUCUUUGUGGGCUACGUUGAGCACGCACAGAAUCCGAACCACUUCUGGAUCAGAACCCAAAAACGCAACGAGGAAUUUGAGGAAAUGAUGUCAGAAAUAACAAAACACUUCAGUGAAGUGAAGCUGGAUGAAGACCUGUUGUUGAAUCCAGAGCUCGGGGUGAUGUGCUGCGCUGUGUACGAGGAAGACUUGCAUUUCUACAGGGGUGUGGUAACGGACAUUCUUAAACAUGGAGCAGAGAUUUUUUUUAUCGACUUUGGGAACACUGAAAAAGUGCCGUACGACUUGAUCAAAAACAUUCCCGAGACUGUUGCUAACAAAUCAGCAUUUGCAAUGUGUUGCACGCUUGCUAAUGUUUUUCCUUUGGACGACGUCUGGGCCAGCACCACCUGUGACUUUUUCAGAAAAUCUGUGUUGGACAAAGCUUUGCUAGUUCGUGUUGUCCGGAUGAAAAAGCACAAAUGCGUUGUUGAACUCUUUGAGAUGGGAAAUGAUAAUAGCAUCACUGAGCUUUUGAUCGCUUCCAAACUAGCUGAAUACAUUCCUGUAGAGCGAGCGGCGCGAAACAGCAAAGAUGGAACAGAAAAAACAAGACGCCUGCAUCAUCCGGUGACUGCAGACAUAGGUGGAAGGUCAGAGCAAUGGGAAAAUUAUAGGGAGGAAGAGAAAACGUUCAGAAAUGAAGCUGAGAAGGUUAAAUGUAGCUUCAGAGCUGUUAGCAUCAAGCCAGGGUUUGAGUUCUCCGUGCGCUGCUCGGACAUUAGCUCUCCAUCUGAUUUCUGGUGCCAGCCUCUUGAUAAACUUCCAGCUUUGGACAAACUGAUGGACGACAUGCAGCAUUAUUACUCCCUUCACACAGUCCCCCUGCAGCCCGGGGAGUCAUGCUGUGUAGCCAAGUCACCACAUGAUGGAAAAUGGUACCGGGGCUUCGUUGUAGGAAAACAAAAGGGCCACACUUCAGUAAUGCUGGCUGACUUUGGCCCCGUCAUCCAAGUCAAACAGAAUCACCUCUGGGCGAUAAUCCCAGAUUAUACGUAUUUGGAGGGACAAGCUAUCAGGUGUAGCCUUUACAAUCUGUUUGAGCCUGCAGAACACACCCAAAGUGGAGAUUGGAGUCCAGAGGUGUUGAACCUGCUGAAAAAUUUUGUCCUCAAGAGUGCAAACAAUCUUCGAUGUCAGGUCGUUUCCCAGGUAAAUGUGAAAAACAAAGGCCUGAGAAACGUCGUCGACCUCUACAACAGCCAGACGCAGCAGACUGUAACAGAUGCCCUCAGAGAGCAGGGACUGGCAAGAAGAGCAACGGUGCCAAUGAGACAACGAUCUGAUGUUGUCCCUGAUUCUUUUGUCUAUUCUUCGUUUGGUGUUGGCCCCGGAAGUGAAGAACAAGUCUACGUUGCUCACGUAGGCAGCCAGUGUGAGAUCUACUGCCAUCUCGAGAGAAACACUGAAAUCAUCGAAGAGCUUCAGAUGAAAAUCUCUGAAGAAAGUGAAAGAAUGAUGAAGGCCAACACCAGAGCUGCUGUGGGGAACUUGUGUCUGGCUAAAUACCUGGAUGGAAAAUGGUACAGAGGCUUGAUGCUGCCAGUCCCAUCGCUGCUUCACUUUGAUGUGUUUUUUGUGGACUAUGGAAACACAAAAAUCUCUGAGAAAACAAAAGUCAUGUUUAUUCCCAGGAACUGUGAGGACUUGUUGUACACGCCAAUGCAGGCUUUGAGAUGUCGCCUGGAUUCAGUUCCCGAGGAAGAGCUCUACGUAGAUGCCAAGAAAUGGCUGAACGACACAGUCCUCAACAAGUGUGUCAGAGCCGUCGUACGAGCGAAGAGGGAAGAUGGCUCCUUCGAUAUCGAACUGUUCGAUGGAGACAUGAACAUCAACAAGAAGGUAAAGAAACUCAUUCUGAGUCAGUCACAGAAACCAAAAACUGCUAGUUUGAUAAAAAACAAGCACAAGGUGAAAAAUACAACUUUCCACAAAAGAUUCACAAAGACACGUGACAAAUGUAAGAGUCCGAGCAAAGGACAAGCUUCGGCUUCUACGUCUAACAGCCACAGAGUUAAAAACACUAAAAACGUUCAUUGGAGGCUUCAUAAUAAGAGCACAUCAGUAAAACAACAAAAUGUGCUCAACAGAAGGAGAAGCCCUCAGACUGAGUCUAAAGUCAAACCAGCCGAACAUCAGACUGUGAAGUCAAAGAAACCGCAGCAGAGCAAGGAGACAAAAAUGUCCCAGCUGUUGUGUUUUUCAGAGAAGAGCAUCCGUCCAGGUUUCAGGACAAAAUGCUUCGUGUCCCAUGUUGAUUCCAUCAGCAGCUUCUUCCUGCAGCUGUCAGACGAUGAACCGGACAUCCUAAAAAUGGGUGAAGAUCUCAACUUGGGCGUCUUUAGGGAUUCUCUAAAACUGGCUGAAUCGUUUCAAGUGGGUGACGUUGUGCUGGCAGAGUUUGAGGACGAUGGUGCUUUGUAUCGCUCAGUAAUAAAAACCCAGGAGAGCAAUUCAAGUUUCAAAGUGGAGUUUGUGGAUUAUGGAAACUCAGCAGAUGUAUGGAGGGAAAAGAUGUACCCCUUACCAGAGGAUUAUCUGUCUCAGCCAAGAUUCAGUAUUCCUUGUUCACUGCUGGACUCGAGCUUGUACGAAACGGAUUCUUCGUUCACUGAUGCCGUAGUAGAAAGACCAAUCAUGGUCGACUUUGUUCGUCAAAGUGGGAUUCAGUGGCAAGUCAAGAUGGAGGUUCUUGAUGACGCAACACCGGAAAGCAGUCUGACUGAAAACAAAGCAUCUCUUUUAAGUAUAGUUAAAAGCAGUGAGGAGGCGCCAUCUUGUGAACAGAACAUCACAGACGAAGGCCAACAAAAUGAAGUACCAAAGAAAACCUCAACUGGUGGAGGUGAAGACUCGAUGCCUGUCGAGUUGUCCGUCAACCAGAAGGUAAAAACAGUCAAGUGCUGGAGAAGAGGAAGGAUCAGGAGGAGCCACAAGAAGACCAAACUGUCAUCUGCCAAAGUAAAGAAAGACGCUUCUCUACCGCCAACGAUUGAACCCGGAGACACUGACAAUGGCACCGUUCUAUCAGUCCAAAGAGACGGUUUUUAUAUCAGGCUUUCAAAGAACAAGGGUUUGCUCAAAGCUCUGGAAGAGCAGAUAAAAAACAACAUGAACCAGUUCAAGACCGUUGGUGAAGCAAAUGUCAAACGAGGCCUCAGGUGCUUGGUUCAGGUCCAGGAGGACACGUUUGGAAGAGCUGUUGUCCAGCAAGUCAACGAGGGAGAAUUUAAAGUCUUCCUGGUGGAUUAUGGAGUAACAAAAGAUAUUCCAAGUGUCCCCGUCUUAGAACAGUGUACAGAUCUCAUGGAGUUCCCAAACCUCGCAGUGUUGUGCAGGAUGAAGAGUUCAGGGUUCACUGAGGAAAAGGAAGCUAAUCAGGGCUGGUAUGAAACUCUGGAACCAAUGAUAGGUUCAGAGGUCAAGCUGAUAUUUGUGAGUUUCUCUGAGGCCGACGACUCGUGGAUGGUUGAAAUAGUUAUGAACGAACUGUUCCUCCUCUGGCAAAUCAAAGCUUCUCGGCGGCAAAUUGACGACAGGUCUGCAUCACCUGCUGACACCCAAAGUGAAGGAGGACCCACCUCAGACACGAGCGCUCCUCAACAGCUUGUUUUUGCUGCAGUGGAUAACGACAAAGUCUAUUCUGGCUCUGCAGCUGGAGUUGCAACUCCCUCUGACUUCUGUGUUGUUCUGGAAGAUCUGCUGCUCACCAGGAAUAAAGUGUCUGCCAUUCUCGACGAACUGCCCCUGGAGAUGCCUCCCCUUCCUGAGGCCCACCUCGUUCCAGGGACCUGCUGUUUGUUGAAACCUGAAUCCAGGAACAGGUGGUGCCGGGCUGAGAUCAUCCACGCCGACGCCACAGUUGUCCUGGACCUCGUGGAUCACGGUCAUUAUGAAUGCAUAUCAAGUCAUGAUUUGUCCAAGCUGAAGAAGCUUCCAGUGGAGCUAACGGACCUCCCAAAGUUGACCUACCCCUGCACCCUGAAAGGGGUGAAGCCAGCUGGUGGAGAUGGACAGUGGAGCGAUGAGGCAGCGGUCUUCUUCCAGAAGUGUUUGGACCAGAAGAACCUCCAGAUCUUCUUCAGAGAGUUUGUAUCCAAUUCAGACUGGAACGUGGACAUUGUUGUCGACGGCGUCCAUGUUGCCAAGAAGUUGGUGGACACUGGACACGCCAACUACAUGGAUGUCGCACCUGAACUCAGGUUCCAGGCGACUGGUCCUUCUGGUCCUGGCAGUGAGGAAGAGGAGGGCUCACCUGAUGGCAGUGAGGAAGAGGAGGGCUCACCUGAUGGGAAACAGACCUUCAACGCAGAGUCCAGAUCAAACCACUGUUUCCUGAUGUGAAUCAUCUCUGAACCGUCGAGACCCGAUGCUGCAGAGCACAACUUCAGCUUUUGUUUUAUUCUUUAUCGAAGCUUAGAUGUGGAAAUUUGUUGCGUUUAAAAAUGCUUGUUUACACAAUUUUGUUUUCGUUAA